AUGGAAAAACACAACCUUACAACAGUGACUCAAUUCAUCCUCAUGGGCAUCACAGAGCGCCCUGAACUACAGGCUCCAUUGUUUGGAUUGUUCCUGGUCAUCUACAUGAGCUCAAUGUUUGGUAACUUGGGAAUGAUCAUCCUAACCACAGUGGACUCCAGGCUGCAAACACCCAUGUACUUUUUCAUCAGACACUUGGCUAUCACAGACCUUGGUUAUUCUACAGCUGUGGGACCCAAGAUGUUGGUAAAUUUUGUUGUCGAUCUGAACAUAAUAUCCUAUAAUCUUUGUGCUACACAACUAGCUUUUUUCCUUGUGUUCAUAAUUAGUGAGCUUUUUAUUCUGUCUGCAAUGUCCUAUGACCGCUAUGUGGCCAUCUGUAAGCCUCUGCUCUACACUGUCAUCAUGUCUCAAAGAGUGUGUCAGGUGCUGGUGGCAAUCCCCUACUUGUACUGCACAUUUGUUUCUCUUCUAGUCACCACAAAGAUUUUCACAUUGUCUUUCUGUGGCUAUAAUGUCAUUAGUCAUUUCUACUGUGACAGUCUUCCCUUGUUAUCUUUGAUCUGUUCAAACACACAUGAAAUUGAAAUGAUUAUUCUGGUCUUGGCAGCUUUUAAUUUGAUAUCCUCCCUUCUGGUGGUCCUUGUUUCUUACCUGUUCAUCCUCAUAGCCAUUCUCAGAAUGAAUUCUGCUGAAGGUAGACGCAAGGCUUUCUCCACCUGUGGAUCCCACCUGACAGUGGUCACUGUCUUCUAUGGGACUUUAAUAUUUAUGUAUGUGCAGCCCCAGUCCAGUCACUCUUUUGAUACUGAUAAAGUGGCUUCCAUCUUUUAUACCCUGAUUAUACCCAUGUUAAACCCCAUGGUAUACAGUUUGAGGAAUAAAGAUGUAAAGUAUGCACUUCAAAGAGCAUUGAGAAAGAUAUACAGCAUACUUUCAUAA